AUGGAGCCAAAUACCCAGUAUGCGCUGCAUGACAGCGAAGCAACGCCACCAGUCUGGGCAGCUCGUGUCCGUCUUACGCCCGAAUUGCUACACAAACUUCGACAAGAUCCGGAGCGAGUUUUAUUGCAGCUGAAUGUCUUCACUAACGUCGGGUCCUCGAAAAGUCGUGACAGUAAGAAAAAGACGAGUCUGAUGACUCUUGAUUUAGCGGGAACUAAAGAGCGUUACGAACUGCUUUCGUUUUCGGAAGACCCGGGUAUCAACCACGUCUGCACGUUCCGUAGACCAGCGGAAAAAGAACUGGAGAGAGGCUACAGUAUAUACAAGACGGGUGAAAUUUACCAGAAGCUGCUGGUACAGCGGUUGCUGGAUGAUACGGAGAAGGACCGCAUUAAGGACAAACAUGCAAAGUCCGUACAGGAGUCCAAGUCUCGAACGUCCAAGAUGAUUGACUCGAAGAUGCAGCAGAAUAAUGCCAAACGGCAGCGACGUAGGACGACGCUGUCGAGUGUGUCGGUUGCAACGACCACUUCUAGUGCAGCUGGCGUUCUCAAGAGGAAGUUACUGCUACCCUCUGCAUUAUCAACGAAAGAAGCCAAAGACGCCAAGGAAAAAAUCGAGAGAGGUUUCGUGGUGGAGGUGGAAGCGGAAGAAGAGAAAUUGACGCAGGAGCAAAACACGAUGUCGGUUCAAACAAAGAUCAAUGACAAGGCAACCGCUUCUGCUAAUGAUGUGGAAUCCCAUGCUCUUUUCUCUUCAAAUUCAAGUGACGAGGAUAGUAAGGUCAAUAGCGAAAGACGAGUACUGAAAAAGCAGAAAACGCGUGUAGCGACAACAUCGAAAAAUGAUCGAAACGUCUUGGCAGCGAAGGGAGCAAAGCUGACUGAGGACAGGUCAAUUGCUACCACCGGGGAUGAUGCGACUACAGGAAGAGAUAAGGAUGCUAAAGCGUGUCAAGUAAAGUUAUCAAAUGCUACAAGCAAAGGAGGUGCUACUGUGAAACCGAGUAACACCAAACAAGGUACUCAGAAGGGCCGCGCAGUGGAUAUCCAUGCGGUAAAGCCGAUCAAGCCCUCGUCCUCUGGUGUCGAAGUUAAGCGAGCUCGCAUGCGUUCAACUCUUGUGUCCGACCGAGUGAAGCAGGCUCAACAGCCAGACAUGUCAUCCUAUCCGUACUCUGUUGGAGAGAUCUGUCAGCGGGUUGCGCAUCACCGUGGCCGAUCAGUAAUUCUUGACAAGAGCGACUACGACGUGUUUGUGAAGACGCACGAGCAGUUUCUGCAAGACUGGGAGAUGCUCGACAAGAUUUACUCCAUCGAGAUGAUCAAGACAGAGGGUCUGCACUUGCAACUCGAAGUAGCCACAGACGACUCGAAGGUUGCAGAGUUGGAGGCGAGGAUACAAGCGGCUGCUAACAAGAAAGAGGGUCUGCUCUUUGUGCGAGAUGCGAUGAUCAGCAUUCAGAAGAUUUUGCUCAGCAUCCAGACUUCCAUCGAGCGGUUUGACCUGAAGCCUCACGCGUCGCAGAACACGAGCACGCGCGUCAGCACGUCGCAAAGGAGAAGGACAGGCAGCUAG